GCCGUUGGACGUCUUAUGCGUCAGAUGCUAGCUAACAUUAGCCGUUCCAGAGCCCAAACUUUUAACCUGAGCCGGAAACCUACAGCGAGCCCUUCAAAUAAUCCAAAAUGAAUGUAAUAGAUUAUGUGCGGGAUAUGGCUGCAGCAGGCCUUUACUCUAAUGUCCGGAUUUUGAGUAGUUUGUUGCUGACGAUGAGCAACAACAAUCCGGAGCUGUUCUCGCCGGCUCAGAAGUACCAGCUGCUGGUUUACCAUGCUGAUGCCAUCUUCCAUGACAAAGAGUAUCGCAACGCUGCCUGCAAAUACAGCAUGGCUCUGCAACAGAAAAAGGUGCUCAGCAAAACAUCAAAAGUUCGUACUUCAACUGGUGGAGCUGCUUCUAACAUACAGGCACAGAGUUUGCCUUCAGAGAUUGAGGUAAAGUACAAAAUAGCUGAGUGCUACACCAUUCUGAAACUGGAUAAAGACGCCAUUGCAGUGCUCGAUGGGAUACCAUCCAGACAGAGGACUCCGAAGAUCAACAUGAUGCUAGCUAACCUGUACAGGAAGGCUGGACAGGAGCGAUCUGCUGUGACGAGUUACAAAGAGGUCCUCAGACAGUGCCCUCUUGCCUUGGAUGCAAUCAUUGGUCUUCUUUCUCUGUCAGUCAAAGGAGCCGAGGUGGCUUCCAUGACUAUGGACGCCAUCCAGAGUAUCCCCAACCUUGACUGGCUGUCUGUUUGGAUCAAAGCGUACGCCUUCAUACAUGCAGGGGAUAACCAGAGAGCUAUUAAUACCAUUUGCUCUUUGGAGAAGAAAUCACUUUUGCGGGACAACGUGGACCUCCUGGUGAGCCUGGCAGAUGUCUAUUUCAGGGCAGGUGACACGAAAAAUGCAAUUCUCAAAUUUGAACAAGCCCAGAUGUUGGACCCUUACCUCAUCAAAGGUAUGGAUGUUUAUGGCUACCUGAUGGCCCGUGAGGGACACCUGGAGGAUGUUGAAGUCUUGGGAGGUCGAUUAUUCAAUAUAUCUGAUCAGCACGCUGAACCGUGGGUGAUCUCUGGUUGUCACAGUUUUUAUAGCAAGCGUUACUCCCGGGCUCUCUACCUGGGAGCCAAGGCCAUCCAGCUGAACAGCAACAGUGUUCAGGCACUGCUGCUGAAGGGUGCGGCGCUGAGAAACAUGGGCCGAGUUCAGGAAGCCAUCAUCCAUUUCAGAGAGGCCAUGCGUUUGGCACCCUGCCGCCUUGACUGCUAUGAAGGUUUAAUUGACUGUUAUCUGGCAUCCAAUGGGAUUCGUGAGGCUAUGGGAAUGGCUAACAACAUCUAUAAGACUUUAGGAGCCAAUGCACAGACUCUGACCAUCCUCGCCACAGUGUGUCUGGAAGACCCAGUGACUCAGGAGAAAGCCAAAACCCUUUUAGACAAGGCACUGGCCCAGAGACCUGACUACACCAAGGCUGUAGUUAAGAAGGCUGAACUCCUCAGCCGGGAACAGAAAUAUGAAGAAGGGAUCGCUCUCCUGCGGAACGCCUUGGCCAAUCAAAGUGACUGUGUCCUGCACAGGAUGCUGGGAGAUUUCCUGGUGGCGGUCAAUGAUUACCAAGAAGCCAUGGACCAGUACAGUAUAGCAUUAAGCCUGGAUCCCAAUGACCAGAAAUCAUUAGAAGGCAUGCAGAAGAUGGAGAAGGAGGAGAGCCCCACAGACGCCACGGUGGAGCUGGAUGGUGACGACAUGGAAGGCAGCGGGGAGGACGGCGAUCUUGAGGGCAGUGACAGUGAGGCGGCUCAGUGGGCCGAUCAGGAACAGUGGUUUGGUAUGCAGUGACUCCGGUCCACUGACAGACGGUCUGUCAGUAUCACACGGCAGCCCACGGGAAGCCUUCAGCCAUGAGGGCUGUCAGACGGAACAAGACGAAGGUUGUACUGCAUGUUUAACCCCCGUGAUCUCUGAGGUUAUUGCCAAGCGAUGUUGCCAACCUAAAGACGACAACACGGCUAAGACCUUAAAUACAACAAUUAAUGCUUGCGCCCCUGGAUGAACUGAUGCUCAACUUUGCAGUACAGCUACAGGAAGCCGUCAGAAUCUUUAUUAAAAUGCAGCUUGAUGCAGAACUCCAGUCUUUUUUUUUUUCUUUUUUUUUUUGCCCCAAUGCCAUUUCCCAUCAGUCUGACAGUCUCAGCAGUGUCACUCUGAGGUCUGUUAAAUGCAUGGCAUCAUAAAUCCAGGAAUCACCCAAAGUUCUUAUAUUACCUUGUCUAUUUGUGCACCCUUCUUGCCUGUCAGCCAGUUCAGAAUACACCUAAGAGACAUUAAAAAUAAAAAAGACUAUUUAUUUAUAUUGAGUUGUGUAUCCUGUAUUGAGAGGUUGUUCCCAGGAAUGGAGGAUGCAAGUAAAUGAGCAGCUGAAGUUUGAUUAAAAUUAGACGGUGAUUCAGUAAACUGUGGUUUGAAGUUUAAAACAAUGACUGGAGUUACUUAUGACUUGUGUAAUAUUUUUAUUUUGGGACAUGUUUACCACAAAGGAGGCAUUGGGUGGGUGUCAAAGUGUCACAAUAAAGGUCACACAUAUACCAGAAGUGACAUUGAAUUUCUGCUGCUCUUUAAAAUCUGUUGUAUGAAUUUCUAAAACCUGUUUUUGUGUCAUGUAAUAGUUCAGCUUAUUUGUGUGUGUUUGUGUUGUCCAUUAGGUCUGCCUUCUGUAUCAAAACAAAAUAACAUAACUUGGAAUAUUUUAGUUUAUCAUUUCAAAACAAAACUUUAUAGUAUUUUGUACAUAUUUUUAAAAUGUAUAAUAAAAUAAUGAAACACUU